AUGUCGGGCCUCCCUCCCGGUUGGGAGUGGGACUAUGAUGGUGCUCGCUGGUUUUACCGCUACAAGCCUAACGGCCACGUCCAGUUCCACUUCCCCAAGGAAGGCGAUGAGUUCCCCGACUUCAUUGACAGCUUUGCCCCGGCACUUGAGCUUGCACCCGAAGAGAAGCUGGAAAGCCAGCAACAGCUCAAGAGACGCACCGCCAUCGAUGUCGAUCUCAAGUCAAAGAUGCGCGCCACCGGCGGGCCUCUGUCCGAUUUCGCCAUGAACCGCAGUGGCUUCGGAGGGCCCCUGAACGACGACGACGACGGCGGCGGCGGCGGCGGCGGCGGCUUCUUCUUCCAACCAGAAAACUUCAUGUAUAUGGGUCCUGAUGCCUAUACCGAUAUCAGUCCUGACGCUGACGAGGACGACCGGGACGCUCUUUCUCCCAAGAAGGCCGCUGACGACGACGCCGGCGGAAACACCACCAAGAACAAAGCACUCCUCGACGCCGUCGGCGAAACGUCGGGCGUGUCGCCUCUUCAGAGCGAGACCAACACCCCUUCCGUGGUCAACAGUGUGCCGGUUCAAGAAGCAAUCGUCGUGCAGGGAGACAUAGCGGCGGAGCCCCCCGUCGAACUCCCACUCAUUCGCGGGACUCAAGAUCUCCUCGGCCCCACCAACGUUGCCGCGGCUUCCCCUGAUGUUCCCCGUCUCGAUUCCGCUGAAAAACCUCGCCAGGGACACUCCUCUACGUUCCAGCCGCCGCCCUGGGAUCCUGUAGGGAACAUGGCCGAGAUGGCAACAGAGCAUACUGCCCCAGCCCACAUCGAGACCCAUCCAGACCCCGUAGAAAUGGCUGAUAAUGCCGUACUAGCUCCCAUAGAGAUACCAAUCGCCGACUUUGGCAUUGCCGAACUGCCCGAACGAACAAGUCCUUCAGAACCCAGGCCGCUAGCCCAAUCAACUCACGAUCUCCUUCAUCAAACAAACAUGAGUGACAAAGCUUUGUACGGAGCAACAUUCGGGACAGGAUCAAGAUCCCAGAAAUCGUCGCCAACCCGCGCAUCACAAGUCUCUCCAGGGUUUCAUCCCGAGGCUGUGCAACCCGGGCCUAAGCCUGGCAGCUCGCCCUCCCAAAAAGCCUCCCAACAGACCCAAAUGCUGCCUGCAGAUGCCAACAACAAUGCGUUCGCUAUCAAGCGGAAACCUUCGAAUUCAGUAGCCCGCCAAAGCCAGUAUCAGCCCUAUGUCCCUGGUGUGACAGGCAGCGUGACUCGGGCCCUGCCAAGCAGAGAGCCCAACUUCAAGCCCCGAGACCAUAGCAACUCUUUGUCGAGAGAAAUGUCGUUGAUGAUGGGCCCGCGCCCCAACCUCGACCAAGCAAGCACGCCGUCCGUUCUGCAACCUCCGCGAGUGCCACCCAAAGUCCCGUUUCAACCCAACCAGCCCUCAACACAUCAGGACGCAGGCCCGGCAUCACUGUCGAUGCACCCCAGUAGCACUCAAGGAUCAAGUGCUGGCACAGGUGUUGGCCAAUCCCUAGAUGGGAGUUCAUAUGGCGGUUUACAGCAUGUCCCAUCGGUGCUGAAGCCGGCGAGGGGGCAACUACAAGGCCAACCUCAGCAAUCUCUGCCUCUGCCUCCCCCUUCUUCUGCUCAAGGGCCAAGCAACCCAAGGCACUCCAUCUCGGGCCCCUCGCCUUCGUCUCAGCCGACUUCCAAAGCCCCUACCGGCCGAAUCGUAGAGAACGUACUGCGGUAUACGGCCUUUCAGCCGGGGGGCAUGAAUACUCAAGAAUCCCACGUCGUUCAGGCAACUCAACGUCCAGCUUUGCCUCAAUCUCAGUCCCAAUAUCUCUCUGCAACUCGUGGUCCCGAGUUACCUCUUGUGCUUCGGCCCCCGGCUCACAGAGUCGAAACAGCGCCCCCACAGUCGUCGACAGACCAGCAACGGCCUCCCUUGUCCCAUUAUGGGUCGUCUAACAGAUCUGCACCGCCCUUGCCUGACUUCUUACAGCGUCCAAGAGCCCAGAGCGAUGUACGCCAGCAGCAAAGCUCGUCCAGCCAAAAUCGCGCAUACUUGGAAUUUGCGCUCAAUAGUGUAACGAGGGGCAUGCAGUCGUCGGAUCUUUCUUCGCCGCCGCCAAACCUUGAACUAGCACGCCAGACAUCGUAUGCUUCCAGUGAAGUCUCGUCCCUUGGCCCACUCACGGGUGGCCAGUCUUCCGCGCCUUUACAAACACCUUCGCCCCUAGGGAGUGACGGGAGACGUUCAUCGUCUGGCUUCCUUUGUGGGACCCAUUCCGACUCCUCGUCAAGAUCCACUCCAGGUCCUGCCGGCCAGAGUGUUCCCGAACGACCUGCAGGAUCGAGGCCCACGUCUUUUUCUAGGCCACCCCUAACUGCACAAACAGAAGCUGCUAAACAAACGACAAGCCGACGUUUUCCCAUGGUACCUCAGAAGAUUCCUAUUUCCACCUCGACUAGCAACAUUCAGCAAGUAUCUGGUCAACAAACACCCGGCAGCGCGAGUUCGUCAGCAUCGAGUCGCCGUCACUCUUUGCCUCCCCAUAAUUUGGCCAGUCUUGCGGCCCGGCCUCCUUCUCAAGAAGCACCACCUGGACCGCAUCGACUGUCUGGCCAAAGCCAUGAUCAGCCUCAUAUUCCGUUUAAUCAAGUCCAACGGUCCGGUUCAGUUGAAGAGACCAUAAAGGCCUCUCGGAACGUUUCAAGGUCUGAACCAUUGCCUGAUUCACAGCCACGUCUGAGUGAAAAUCAGUAUCCGACCCCGCCUCCACUUGGUUCGCAAUCACCGCACCCAGCUGAAAACGGCCGUUCAACUGUCCAAUUUCUGUCAGAGCGACCAAUGCGCCCCACAGUAAUACUGCCCUCGCAGCAUAUGUAUGGCUCAACGAGUCCCUCGACACCUAUCAGAUCUCCGGGGCAUGUCCUACAUUCUAUCCAAGAGCACUUAGAAAACGAUAAUUCUAUAGGCACACCUGCAGCUGCCUCCAUUAGUGUGACUUCUCGAGAGAACCGCCGCUAUUCUCAAGGUUCUAGUCUGAAUCUGUCGACCGCAUCUGCUUAUCCUUCAUCUGCCGAGUCCUCCCGAGGCUAUAGCGCAGAAAGGCUGAUGAACCAAGUGGCCCAGAGGCAGGCGAACGUACAAAAGCCCAUAUCUGAACCUCUUCAGUCGAUGAACUCUAGUAGCCUGCCGUCUCAUCCAGACUACUCGCCAGUGACAAACAAUCCUUUUCAGCCUUACUCACCCAUCAACAUGAGCGGCGCCCCAUUUCAAAAUGUCGUGCGCCCGGGAUCGACGCCGCCAGUCAUGCAAACCUUGACAAAGGACAAAGACAAAGGAGGUUGGCUUUCCAAGUUAAUGAAGGGCAAUAAGGCAUCGGUCCUUCAAAAGCAGCCAACACAACCCUCGCAGCAGCAACAGUUCCGAGCAGUACAUAACCCACCUCAGGUCGCUCCUCCGCCGUCCAAUAUCCUGCCGCAGCAGCAGCAGCAGCAGCAGCAGCAGCAAUUUCAAAGACUACAACACCUGCCACCAGCUGCACCGCCGAUAAAUAUGCACAACCCGCACGGCCGAGCUGAUACCCAUCUUCACGAUAAAGUCGUCGAUAAACUGGCCGCCUCAAUUACAGCUGACAACCCAGAAAGGUCUAUGUUUGGCUAUGUUGCUCCAGUUCCACCCAAUCUGUCAAUACAACUAAUCGACGAGGCCGUGUCUCAAGGCAAAGGCUUCAGCAGCAGCUCUCACCAACCUUUCCACAGACAAGAUACCCCGCUUCAACAGGAACCGUACUUAGCUACAACGUCGCAACUUAGCACAGAAGUUGCGGUUCAACAACCAAACGAGGUGGAAGAGCGACCAACAAAUGUGCCGCCUGUCGGACUGGUCCCGCCCGCAGGACCGCCAAAAGACCAGACCAGUGACAACUUAUCAGAUGCUGCAUCAGUUUCUACUAUGGAUGUCUCGGAGGUACAGAUACAACCGGUUCUGAAACCGCAACUGGUGACUGUUGGAAAACAAGCCAUCGUCCCCUCAAAACAGCAGCAAGACUCUCUAGUUCAGGCCGCCGCCCCAAUGCAGAAGUCUCACCUGCCAUCCACGAUACACAUACAUAACGAUGCGAGGGUUCCUGCGAAGAGCGACCUUUUUGUAGCGCCCCUCUUUUCAAAGCCUCAUUCACAGACGGCUGUUAGUACUGUCCCGGUAAAUGUAGGGCCUGGACCGCAAGAUAGGUGGGCAAAACGUCCUGCGGUCGACUACUCUGGAGAUGACUGGGGUGACGACCCAUGGGACUACAAAUAA